AUGAACAUAGACUCGCGCCGUUUCCUUUCACCGAGAUUGAUGCCGAAUGCGGGGUAUUCAGACGAUCCAGGUCCUAUUCCCUUUCUUUCUAAGCUUAUCAUUCCGGGGGACUAUCCUAAAGUGGCCCGAGACGUCACGAUCGCAGGAAGGCGUUUCGAAAUUUGGUCCCCUAACUCAAGGAGACUGCCGUUCUACCCUGGCAUCAAGGCCCCCGGAGUAGAUUUGGAGGAUCUAGCUAAAGGGAAAAGGCGAUACGAUGGGCAUCUAGGACCACUGGACCCGACCUACCAUCCGCAGCACUAUCAGCCGCGUCGACCUUAUCUCCCGUUCAUACGACGGCAUAGUCACCUGAAUCCGUCUAGUCUCUUUCCCGAAUUUGUGUCGCUCUUCGAUAACUCCGAAGCGUGGAGCCCUCUCGCGGGAUCGGUAACAGGAGAAGGGCGUAUCACCGAGUCGUACGUGAAGCGACUGAAGAAGCGUAACACGUCACUCCUCCAGGAUGCGAAACUCUUGAGGGACGGUCUGCGAGAGUCAUACUCCGAAAGAGACCGGCUUUUGUGGCAGAACCACCCUCUGUACCCCAGCAACAUGCAUAUUGAAGCACUCCUAGACAUUGUAUCGUUCGAAGAGGCACUGGACACCGUUACCGAGAUGCAGAGAGGCAUUAAAAUGCGGGAAGCAUGGAUUAACUAUGUACGGCUCAAGAAUCUAGCCCCAUGGGACCCAGCAGACCUCGCAUAUGCCUUCGCCGUGGAAGGGAAUGAACAGUACAUGGGUAUAUGGAUGUCCGACGAAGCGUAUGAAGAUGCGCUACUCUACAUGACACGAUCAGGAGUCGCUUGCUUCUUCCUGCACGAAUAUACCGCACAGGAAGCAACUUUCCAUCAUCGCACGCACGCGUACUAUCCCGACGCCGCCAUGCAAAACUACGUGCUUGUAUCAGACGAGGACGGUCCCUGGCGGUAUGCCGUGAGACGAUCGAAGCUGCGUGCUCUGGCAUUGGAAGAAGGGGAAUCCGUAGGACGUGUAAAAAGGUUGCCGCACUCAUUCCCAGCGCCGGGAUCCCUCUCGCUAUCUAAUCGGCAGGGCUAUCGAUUGCCUUCAUUGCGUGACGAGCGUCCGCUGCCAGCCGCGAAAGAAUUAGCAGAGCUAGCUUCGCGCCCGCGGACGCCAGUGAAAUUCUGGCACGACAUGGACGGGCUGGAAGCAGAUGCGCCGCGAGUCGCAAGUCUACCAGUAGUCCGGGUCCCGCGCAAUGAGCGGAAGCCUUCGGGAGAAGCAGAGGCGUCUGAACCUGUAAUUGCCCCUUUGGUUAGUAAUCGGAAAGGGAAAGGCAAAAGGCGCGAAUCGACCUCACCAUUGCCCGACUACGAGUCGAAAUCGGAAGCCGAACCUGCUGUUGCCUCGGCGAUAGCGACAACUGUCGCUCGCGAGCUCGAAGCAUCGGUGCACGCGGCCCAAGGAGCAUCGAUGUCACGAGUGGAUGUCGUCUCAGAGGCGCAGUCCCCGAACUUCUCUGCGGCCGUCUCAGACAGAGCUAAGGAGCUCUAUGCCGCCUACACUAGAGUGAUCUCGGAAUUCUGGAGGAUCGACAGCUUGCCACGCGACGUGACGACCCCCAAGGAGCUUCUGAAGCUGCUCCAAGAAACUUCGAAAGAGAUUCCCUUCGCUAUUCCGCAAAUGCUUCGAACAUGGAAGGAGCGUCGGGACGUAUACUGGGUACGGUUUGGCGAUAGGGACCAAGCGCUGCGCGUAAGGGGCUACUUGUCGCGCGCCAGCGUCUCUGGGGCAGACGGCUGUGACGGUCCUCUAGUGACCGAAUCUACAUACCUCCUGGCAAUGGAAGAAGUCCGCGAGCCAGAGGAGCGACCUGCUUCGCCGACUGGAUAUUGGAAUCUCCCCAUAGAUCUCGACCCGCGAUUCCGUGAACACUCCGAAUCUUUAACGAAGGCUGAACCUCAGACGCAAUCCGCGCAAUACGUCGAAGCGGUCCAGCCAAAUUAUCAAAGAAAAUUAAUUACCCCAGACCACACUGGCGCGAGCCAACGUUCGCCGCCUUCACCCAGCGCGACGCGUUCGCGCAAGAAAACUCGCAUCAAUUCGCCGCCGCGACAGUUUGUCGCCUCCCGCUCUACAAGAGCCAUCCAAGUAACUACCGCUUCCGCGCCAGCACAAAAGCACAAAUCACUAUCCGAAAGAAUCACCUCAGAUGCACCUUCUCACCAAGAACCCAACGAACAAACACGCCAGAAAGGCUCCGAAAGCCGUUACUCUCAUAACCGACCACGGUAUCAUCGCCGUUAA